CCCCCCACACUGAGCUGGAUGGAUUAGUGGAAAAAAAAAACUACUGGAAGCAGCAUCUGGGGACAAGACACAUCUGUGAAAGUCUCUGAAAAUGUCUACACAGCUCCAGGACUUCAGUUUCGGAGAGGGGAAGCCGCUGCUGGUGGAGAAGGAUGAGGGAAUUACUGUAUUACUGCAAGAAUAUGAAAUUAAGGAACAUGACAUUGAAACAGCUCAUGGAAUCAUCCACGUCACCAUGUGUGGAACGCCAAGACAGAACCGGCCAGUCAUACUGACGUACCACGACAUUGGACUAAACCAUAAAACAUGCUUCAAUUCCCUGUUUAACUACGAAGACAUGCACGAGAUCACGCAGCAUUUCUCCGUGUGCCAUGUGGAUGCCCCCGGUCAGAACGAAGGAGCUGCAUCCUUCCCUGCUGGGUAUGUGUACCCUUCAAUGGACCAACUGGCUGAAAUGCUACCUGGUGUCGUGCAGCAGCUGGGUUUAAAGAGUGUCCUUGGCCUGGGAAUCGGAGCCGGUGCCUAUAUCCUCACUAGAUUUGCUCUGAACCACCCCAGCAUGGUAGAAGGCCUGGUGCUCAUUAACAUUAACCCCUGUGCCGAGGGAUGGAUGGACUGGGCAGCUACGAAGCUUACUGGACUUACCCAUGGACUGCCCGAUACGCUGAUUUCACAUCUGUUUUCCAAGGAUGAAAUCCACAACAACCAUGAACUAGUGAACACCUACCGGCAGCACAUUCUUAAUGACAUUAACCAGAAUAAUCUAGCUCUUUUUGUCAAGUCAUACAACAGCCGAAGAGACCUUGAGAUUGAACGCCCAAUACCCGGAACAAAUGCAGUUACAUUGAAAUGUCCUGCCCUGCUGGUCGUUGGUGAUAGCUCUCCUGCUGUAGAUGCUGUGGUGGAAUGCAACUCAAAACUUGACCCAACUAAGACUACAUUACUAAAGAUGUCAGACUGUGGAGGAUUUCCACAAGUUGUUCAGCCUGCCAAGCUUGCUGAAGCCUUUAAAUAUUUCGUCCAAGGCAUGGGCUACAUGCCUGCUGCCAGUAUGACGAGACUGAUGAGAUCCAGAACAAACUCUGGAGCCAGUGUGUCCUCCAUGGAUGGUAACAGAAGCCGAUCUCACACCAACGAAGGAACUAGGAGCCGCUCCCACACCGGAGAAGGUAACAGAAGCAGAGCUCAGACCGGCGAGGGGAACCGCGGCCGCUCCCACACAGACACCAGAAUGGAAGUGAAUAACACCAACAACCCGGACCACAACAACGUCAAAUCUAUGGAAGUUUCCUGCUAAAUCAAUGAUCUCAGUGAUCAGUGUAAACUUUCCUGCCAAUUUGUACAGAUGAAGGAAUAGUUUUAUCUCUGGAGAGUACGAUCACGACAGCCAAAGGGUUAAAGUUGGCAUAAAUUCUGGAAUACUGAAAAAUUUUCGAGGACCAAAGAUGAAGUGUGACAUUUAGCACCCAGCUUCUCGUAGCCCACACUCCAAAAACAUAUGGUAAAGUUCUAGAAAGUUCACCCUGUGUUAUUAGCACAAGUUAAAAAAUGUUGCAUUUGAUUGUGCUUCAUUAGCUCAUAUAACACAUAAUUUUUUAAAAAUUUUUAAUACCACUCAAUUUGUAGCGAUACUGGGCUGCCUAGCACUAAAAAAUGUACAUACGUAAUUGAAGAUAUUUAUAAAUGUGUUGUGCAUCUAAAUCUCUCGUAGUUUUAAAUACUAAGAAAUAGUUUUUACUAUAAAAAACUUGUUAGAGGAAUUUUUUAUGUGAAAAAAAUAUUUCAAAUAUGAUCACGCUUAUUUUUACAAAAUUAUUUUUAUUUUAAAUAAUUUUUCCACCUCGUUUCAUGUAUCAAAUUUUUUUCCCCAUCAUUACGGACACUAUUAAAAUAAGGGUCAUGAAAAAUCAUCAUAAUGAAUAUGCUAAGAACUUUUUAGCGGCUACAGCUGCCGUUAUCCAUGCGUUGAUUUAGAGUGCUAACAAUAUUCUGUUCAAUAAACUAUAUAUCAGACAAAUGAUUGCUGCUAAAAUU